CAAUGUUAGUACAAUUUCUCCGUCACCAGUUGCAAUGUCCUUAUUUCAAACGCCUAACUCAAGCCAUUCACGGUCACAAGUUGCAGUGUCUCUAUUUCAAACGCCUGUUGUUGUUAACAAUAAGAUUAACAUUGAGAGUCCAGUGACUCCUGUGCUUCGGACUAUAACUCCAAAACCAGUCAAAAGAUCAUUGUUAGAUGACAGCGGAUAUAUGUCUUCGUCUAUAUGUCCCAGCCCUAUAGCAGUUUCCAUAAUGCCAUCACCAGUGGUCAAGCAAACUGACCAUUGCUACAGCAAGACUGUCACGAGUACUCCAAAGCCAAAAUCAGCACCAUUGGCUUCAAAGAGUUCUACUAAUACUCCAGUAAACCAUGAGGGGGCAGAUGAAAAUGUUACAGUUACAGUACCAUCUUUAAGCAAAACUGAAAAAGCACAUCUUGCUUCAUUACUACAUUCUGGUGGAUACAUCUCACACAUUGGAGAUCUGUUGUUAAAAAAUAAAGAUUUUUUGAAACAUGUGACAAAUUACUUCCAAACUGAAAGUGAGGAGAAAAUAAAAAUUUUAAAUAAAGAAAAACAUGGAUUUGUUAGUGUUCUGAUGAAAAAAACAUGUGACAAUAUGUAUGGAUUUUCCUGGGACAAAAUUUGUGAAGAAUUUAAAAGUCAGUUUCCCUUACUUGCAAGCAUAGUGGAAGGUAUAAUGUCUUCUGGGGAGAAGAAUAGAGACAAGAUAUUGCCAAGGAUGGGAAUGGUGUAUGCAGUUUGUGCACAGACAAGACACCACAAGCUAAGCUUAGUGCAGAGGAUGAUGACUCUAUGCCUGUUAGACAACAUAGCAGAUCAAAAGCCUAGGUGAUAACUAGUAGAUAUUUAUGACCGGUUUCAGCCUGUUGGUGUAUGUCUAAGCUAUGAGCAGUCACAACACCUUUUGCAUGAAGUAGGCCAGUCAUACACACAACAACUUGCUGCUGCCAUAAAUGAGGGCAAAAGAUUAAGGAUAGUUGGCGACAAUGUAAACUAUGCUGUUGGCAUCAGGGACCAGAGGUCGCAGGACAAUGGAAAAACACAACACCUUCAUCAUGCAUUUGCUUCCAUUGCUUUGAUCCAUGAUGUUGACUUUGCACACCUUUCCUCGGAACGACCACAAAAGCCUUGGACUGAUGUAAAUGUACAGGAUUUGCUCAUGAAUCAGGAUGACUACCAAGCAUUAAGACAAGACUAUAUUAAUCAAAUUGUAACUGUUGCAAAAAAGUAUAUUCCAUAUUUUAAAUUCUUGGAAGACAUUUCUCUACAGAACCCUAUAGCUACAGGUACUAUAACCAAGACAAGUGAAAACCAC